AUGAAUGCUUCUUCUUCUUCUUCUUCCCAUUUUCUUUCUUGUGAGCUUUGUGGGCGAGGGGGACAUGCUAGUGUAGAUUGUCAAGUAGGAAAUCCUUUUUCUUCUAGUUCUUCUGAACAAGCAAAUUUUAUUUCUUAUGGUGGCAACAUGUCAAAUUUUAAUCCCUACUCCAACACUUACAAUCCAAGAUGGAGGAGCCAUCCUAAUCUUUCUUGGAGUAAUAAUCAACAAAGAGUGCUCCCCAACUUUCAACAACAACAUCAAAUUCCGCAGGAGAAGAAAUCGAAUUUGGAAGAUAUGAUGGCAAAAUUUAUCAAUAGUACAGAGGCAAGAAUGCAAAGCUUGGAAACUCAAAUUGGACAACUUGCUCAAGCAAUUUCAGAAAGACCACAAGGAGGAUUGCCUAGCAAUACUGAAAGGAAUCCAAGGGAGCAUGUAAAAGCCAUCACUUUGCGAAGUGGAAAAGAACUUCAAAGUAAAGAAAAAGAUGAAGAGCGUACAAAAGAGGAAGAAAGCCAAGAGCUUGAAGCCAAAGAAGCCAAAGAAGAGGACCAAGAGCUAUCAACAGAGAAAAAGGGGAAGGUGUUUAAAAAAUUGCAUAUUAAUAUCCCUCUUCUUGAUGCUAUAUCACAAAUGCCAAGUUAUGCCAAAUUUUUGAAAGACAUAAUUGCAAAUAAAAGAAAGUUGGAGGAAUUUGAGAUAGUGAAACUUAAUGAAGAAUGCUCUGCAAUUCUACAGAAUAAAUUGCCUCCAAAACUCAAAGAUCAAGGGAGCUUUUCUAUUCCUUGUACUAUUGGAGAAAUUAAGUUUGAUAAAGUUUUAUGUGACCUUGGUGCAAGUAUUAAUUUGAUGCCCUUUUCUGUUUUCAGGAAGCUUGGCUUAUAA